GAAGGCUCUCCUCGCGACCGGCUCAGUCGGUUCAGUGAGUUACGAGUUGCGUCCGGGUUCGCCGUACGUACGAUAACGGGGGCGUCAAUCGGAUUGCGCGAUUGGGAGAGCAUUCCUAACCUCGUGCACGCUUUCCUCUCUCUCUCUCUCUCUCUUUCUAUCUCAUUCCCUGAUUCCCGUUCCCUUCUUCGUCUCUGUUGCUCCUUCUUCCGGACCGUCCCUCUCAUUCGGCUAUGGGCAACAGGUUUGAAUUUAUGGGACAAUAAAGAGUGCGGUGCGUAGUGCGCGCGUGUUACCAUCUCGCUCACUUGAAUCCUCUCCUCUCUUUUCCGUCAACGGCCAACCUUUCGUCUCUCCCACGGACACGUCCCGGAUUCUCUCGCGCCGUCAACGGGAGAACAGCGUGCCGGAGACUAUCAAACUCUCAUAAAACUGUCAACCGCGGCCGGCCGGCUGACUUAUGCGCGCCCCUUCUUCCGACUGCGAUUCCCGACUAGUCCGCUUCUCGCCUCGGAUUCCGUUCGUUUCGCGGGCUCCGAAACACCUAAUGCGCUUGACAGUGGUCCGACAGUAGUGCUCCGUUCCUUCUUCGAAUCAUAAGCCGCAAGUCAAAGGUGUUGCCAAGGAUAAUCACACGGCAGCGUGGUGUCGCGCGACGAAUCGUGCGAGACAAGUUCGAGGAGACGAUCGAACGAUCGGUGAUCGAGAAGAACGCGGUAGCGGUCUCGCGGGGAACCACCUCUUCUUCCUUGUUUCCACGCCACGAGGGUGUACGCGGAAGGGGGCGCGUGCGCGCGUUGCCCCCUCGCAGAGACGGCAAGCGGAAGACUACUUCUUGGUGACGUUGCGGCCAGGAGGUUGCAGAGGAUAGAAGGAGAGAGAAGCAGAGUGAUCCUCGCCCCACCAUCGUUCCUCGGGGCUCCCGAAUAUCUCUCCAUUAGCCCCCCUGACUGUGCUAUCCCCUCUCUGUGACCCCUCGGAUUUCCUGUCUUGCUCGCACACCCCUCUCGUCGGCUCUUGUCACGUCGGGUAGCAGCCAGGCAACACCACCACACGAGCAAGCAGCAGCAGCAGCGCCAACAGCAGCAGCAGCAGCAGCAGCACCAGCACCAGCACCAUCACAGAGCCGACGGAGACGCAAGGAACGGGGUUGAAGAAUCCUACGCCGGCGGAGAGACCAAUCAAGGUUUGACGAACGACGGGGAUUGGUCGAGGCGCUCCUCUGACACGCAGAGAGCGCGGGCACGUGACAAGCUACCGCACACACCGGGCCUCCGUUGGAUCGUGGCGAGGCCUUCAGUACGAUACCAACCACCCUCCGCGCACGCAACAGGAACGGUGAACGGCGAUCCGCGGCAAUACGCUUCACCCCCUAAUGCGGUGAUAUCGGUACACCGGGAUACCGGCUACGAACGACGAUUACUUCGUUCUUUCGAACAUUACAUCCGCUCGUGUUACGUUACCGUGGUCGAACUUUACCCGUGGUCCAUUCUUCUCGCGAAAUCAACGUCAAGGAUUUCACGGUAUAUAAAUAUCGUUUGAACGCGCGGUGAUUCGUGCGAAUAAAUCAUCGAGAGAAAAAAGAGAGAGAGAGAGAAAAGUAAAAAGAAAAAAGUGUGUACAGGGACUCGUCUUCAAUGGGGCGACCCGAUAAGCCCGCUGUUACGCGCUACUGCACGCUGCCUCCACGAGUCCUCUGUAGGUAAUUGCGACUCGUGAGAUCGUAAAGAAGCAGAAGACAGUUUUAUAGCCCAGGCCCACGUGGCCCUCGUAAGCUCGACUCGGCUCAGGUCGGUUCAGACUCUGCCCGCCUGCCGGCACACGGCUUGCUACCUCUCCGUCUAUUCGCCGCGAUCCCCCUCGUUCAUUAUCGAGUCGUUUAGGGACGUGUUUAUCCGCGUGUAACAACGCGCGAUAGGUGUGAACUGGCUCUUGGGCCAACGGGACAGCAAAACGGUGAGCUGGUUUUUUCCACCCGGUCAGUGAUAAUAAAACCAUUGGGUCGCUUGUUGUUGAUACCAGUGUGACAGAUACCACCGGGGUGCCGUCGUCGUCGUGAGACCAACGACGCGAUGACACAAUCCUGUAUUUAACGACAGUGCGCGAACAAGUUCCCGCCUGCCGUCUGUUGGGGGACCGAAGCGCGUUCGGUGCUGUGUUAUUGUUUUCGUGAAUGUCGAGCAGUACACGUGUGGAACGAUUGGCAGAGUGACGACGAGGACGACGGGUGAAGUCGCGUGAACGAUGAGUUCCUAUCAGUUCGUCAAUUCGCUCGCGUCAUGCUACGCGGGCCAACAGGCGCAACAGCAACCCCGAGCCACGGCAAAUUCACCCGGAGAACCAAUGCAAGCGGCGUCACCAGCAGGUGGAGACUAUUACAAUCCAAACGCCGCGGCGACCAGUUACCCGGCACCUUGUUAUUCGCCUCAGCAACACUAUCCUCAGCACCCGUACGCUACGCCGGCCUCCGGGAUGCAGCACACAGCGCCCACAGGGAUGAUAGACUACACGCAAUUGCAACCUCAACCAAGACUCAGCGCGACCGCUACCUCGCAGCAGCACACCCUGCACGCGCAACAAUCCCAACAUCAUCCGCAACAACAUCAUCCUCAGCAGCAGCUGCAUCAGGACCCGACGACGCCGCUGCUUCAGGCAGCAUCCGCGCCAUCGGCAGCCUCCACGUCGAGCUGCAAGUACGCCGACUCAACGUCCUCCACCAGCGUCGCGUCUCCUCAAGAUCUGUCCACGUCCACCUCCAGGAACAGUCCCACACCUCUGGUGGCACCUGGUACCAGCAAAACCGCGUCGGGUCUCACCUCGCCGCCAGGAAGCUCCUCGAGGUCGUCCGUGGCCGCAUCGGCCUCCUCUCCAGCCAGCGGAAGUUCUAGACCCGUGGGCGAAGGAAGUUCCACCUUGACCACCGCGUCGUCCGCGUCCUCGCCUGCAUCAUCCACCUCUAGCACCUCCAGCACCGGGAAUAACUCGUCCAACAAGUCGAACGCCACCGGCAGCAAUCCACCGCAGAUUUACCCGUGGAUGAAGAGGGUGCACAUCGGACAGAGCACGGUGAACGCGAAUGGCGAAACGAAACGACAGAGGACGUCGUAUACCAGGUACCAAACACUGGAGUUGGAAAAGGAGUUUCAUUUCAAUCGCUACCUGACGAGGCGGCGUCGGAUCGAGAUCGCCCAUGCCCUCUGUCUGACGGAACGUCAGAUAAAGAUCUGGUUCCAGAAUCGGCGGAUGAAGUGGAAAAAGGAGCACAAGAUGGCGAGCAUGAACAUUGUACCGUACCACAUGUCGCCGUACGGACACCCUUACCAGUUCGCGCCCCACCCAGGCCAGUUCGCUCACUUGGCCACAUAGGACGAGUUCUCGCCCGCCGAGCUCGGAGCACACGCUGUCCGGUUCCCCGGGAUGUACGGCGAGCAGAACUUCUAAAAGGCUUUUUUUCCGUUUUCAGCCUGGCCGCGUCACCGGCUCGUCCCGCGUGACCCGCCGCGCCGGGCUGGGACACACUUCACUUCCAGUAGGACACGUGGUGAGACCCAACGAGGUCUGACACAGGCCACCGAUGCCUAGACGGAUUGUCACUCGUCAAGCAGAAUUUCUUCUUCCCUUCUCUUCCUUUUCUUCUUAUUCUCAGACAGGGAAAUAUGUUGUUCAGAGCUUUUUGUCGUAGGGCUUCACACAGCAAGUAUGAUGUUAGGGUUAACCCUCGCGUCAAUAACUAACUACUCAUUUUCACAUUGACGUCAUAGCACUUGUUUACGAAGGUUUUAUAUCAGAUAGAAACGACGACCCACAAGCCUGUCAGCAUCGGCCUGUGUACACAAAUAUACUCCGUCACAUAGGACUAUUCGAAGUUGAAGAGAAGCCAAAAAAUUUUCUGCAAAAUACGCCGUGCGCCCGAUCAAAUGGACUGGACGCGCUCCGAGAGGCUCUCGUCGCGACUAGAUUGCAAGAGUAUUGGAUAUUUGAACGCGGACGAGAGGCUACCUCAGCGGGUGAGAUGAAACCGAAUCAGUAGUUUAAGGCGUAGAAAUUAGCGGUCUAAAUAAUUAAUUAAUUGAGCGACUAAUUAAUUAAUUAUCAUGUCUGGCUGCGCACCGUACCGCAUCUCUGAAUUACCUUUGUCCACCUCUCCUGUACCCACUUCCUAAGCAUCUGAUUCCUGCCCACACGCCGUUUCCCUAUGUCCCGAAAACGAAAGAAAGCAGACGAGAUGCGCUGAUGUACUUACUUCUCGUUUCUUCUUCCACUUCCUCUUUCUCUUUCUCUUCUUUCGCUCGUUCGAUCUAUCUGUCCGUGCGCGUUCGCCAGGGAGAGACGGUGGAACUCGCGAGCAAUCCGCUCUCUCCCCGACGAAGCGCAGUUUCUAUGUGCACGUUAAAGUCUCUACUUCAUAGUACGUAAGGUGCCUAUUAAUACUCGAGUCUCUAUUCUCUGCCGUUUUUCGAUAGAGGCUGCUGAAUCUAUUAAACGUCCGUUCGAACGACGCUCCUUGAAAAUCGAACCGACGAGACGCAUAAUACUCUUUAGCAAAUAAGGUGAAAAAGGUAGUGGCGACGACUGUGAAUUCGAAUCGUCGCGCAAUUUUGAAGCUCGUUUGCUACUCCGUGGACGCGUUAAGUCAAAUUGACCGGGAAAGUAUCGCUUUGUAAACUCUCGUGAAUUUUACGUCGCGUUUAACUUUAGUCAAUGUUCAUUAAUUCUAAGAUUUCCAUUUCGAUCCAAAUUGGGCUCAAACUGAAGAAUGCAUAGCUUAUUUUGCUUAUGAAACGUGAACGUUUAGCCAGGUCCCAAUCCUCCAUGGAAGAAACGCGUUUGCGGCUGCGCAUGCGCCCUCUCACCUCUUUGCGCAUUUGCAACUGCGCAUCUUAACGCAGUACCACGCGCAACACGAGCGAAUUGAACGAUCUCUGCGCGUCGAUAUACUGUACCAACGAGAAAUAAAAGAUAAACGAGCAGUUGUUUCGAGGAGGAGGAGGAAGAGGAGGAAUAGAAGACCUCUCAGCGACCUAAUCGAACGAAACGGCAGGUGUGUAAAUGAAUUUUAGAUAGUGUGUUCGCGGACGAGUCGCGUGCACGCGCGCGCGCGCGUUAAUUGGUCUAUCUUGUGAUACGUAAGAGAAUAAUAAAAAAAAAUGAAAGCUAGCGGUCGCUCUAUGCUUAGUAAGAUUGUCGUGAAUUACGCGUAUACGCGAGGCAAAUUCGGAAGAAUACAGGGAUCUAAAGUAUAUUAACGAUAUUCAGAGUGAGAGAGCGAGAACAAAAGGUCACUAAAAUGUAUAAGGUGCAAACGAACAAGGAAAGGAAAGAGAGAUGUAAGAAUAGGCUAAUGUUGAAUUGUACAUAACUAUUGAAUAUAUUGCAACACGAUAUUGAACGACGUUAUUAUCGUACGAGGCGUUAACGAACGAGUCGAUUCCUCGAAUUCUUUUUUGCAGUCGAUAAGAAAAAGAAAAAGGUAUCCAAGCUUCGCGGAAAAUGGUUACUUGUGAUAUCUGACAUAAGACGCAAUGAAACGAAUCUCUACGUUAUUGUAUCUUUCGUUAUCGCCUGGUACCUUAUAGGGAUAUUUAAAUAAACGAAUAGUGAGGUUUAUUAUUAUUAUUAAUAUUAUUACGAUGAUUAUUGAAAUUAUUGAUAUUAUCGCUAUUAUUCUAUUGAGAGUGAGCCUGUUGCUAAUGACUUGGUCCAGUGUUAAUAUUGUAUUUUAUUUGUUUCGUUAUUAUUAUUAUUUUUUUUUUUUUUGUUGUUCACGCCGCGUGUCGUACAAACACGUUCCGUACCUAUGAAUGCAGAGUUCGGUUUUUCGCGCUCUUUAAGGAGAAAUAAUCCGUGAUGGAAGGAAAGUCGCGAUACGCGUGUCCUUUCUCAAUCUUUCAGAUAUUCACGGACAGACUUCUUGUCUCGUUCAUUAUUAAUUUUUUUUUUUUCGUAUCAAAUGCAUCGUUCGUCCGUACACACAUGUAGUUAUCGAAAAAAAUCGAGGAUGAUGGAAACGAGGUUUAAAACGUAAACGAAGCCUAUUUACUCGUCAGGUGCGAAGGAUGCGUUCUCAACUUUUAAAUUAAGCUCAAGUAUUACGUUCGUGUAGCGUCAACUGAAAUGUUACUUCAUUCCAUGUAAUAUACGUAAUAGUCUAACUAAAAUACCUACUUAUUACAUCUACGUAACCUAGAGCACCGUACGUGUAAGGUCGUAUAAUUAUAUAAUUUAAAUUGUAAUUAUUAAAUGGUAUGACGUACAGAAA